AUGGACGGUUUUGUGUCCCGUAUGGAGCGUGCGCUGACGCAGCGCCCCCCACGGAAGCGCGCUUUGCCGGCCCCCUCAUCGGUCUUUUCUGGGGAUUCUGCGGAAGAGGGGGAAAUUUCUACUGCGGCCGCACAGCCCGACCAGGGGGACUCCUCUCAGGCGGAGUCUGGUAGUGACGACGAGUCGGGGUCCACCCUUAUGGUCCAGGAGCGUGAAUUGGUCACGGCCUUGGUUCGCGCUGUGCGGGAAACGCUAAAAAUUGAAGACACUCCGAGCUCUUCGGCGCUCCCGCCGGUUCCUUUUGGGACGCACAGGAGUAGGCGUUCUACUAAGGUCUUCCCUUACGUUCCUUUUUUUGAUGAUUUUGUCUACAAGGAGUGGAAGCGCCCGAGCAAGUCGUUUACAAUUCCCAAACGCUUCUCGGUUCGCUAUCCUUUUGAGGAGUCCUUCCUGUCUAAGUGGUCUACUCCCCCCGCGGUGGAUCCGCCGGUUUCUCGCCUGAACAAGGCUACGGUUAUCCCGGUGGAGGAUUCGCCUUCCUUUCGGGAUCCCUCGGAUAGGAAGGCGGAGGCGGUGGCGCGUACUAUGUACUCGGUUUCCGGGGCUCUGCUGCGCCCCGUGUUGGCUUCGGCCCUGGUCUCCCAGACUUUAACUGAGUGGAUGAAGAUGCUGCGUCAGGGUCUUGCGGAGGAGAACGUGUCUCCUGCUUAUGUCGAUCUGACGGAGCAGCGCCUGGCGGACCUUCAUGGCGCGGUGGCGGGUCUUUUGUCCCAAGGGGUGGUGAUUCCGGUUCCCUCCUCGGAGAGGUUCAGAGGAUUUUACUCAAACCUAUUUACGGUGCCAAAGAAGGAUGGGGUUCGUCCCAUCCUGGACCUCAAGCGGUUGAACGUCUUUGUGCGCGUUCGCCGGUUCCGGAUGGAAUCGAUCCGCUCUGUGGUGGCGUGUCUUCACCAGGGGGAUUUCAUGGCCUCCCUCGACAUCAAGGAUGCCUACCUUCACGUUCCUGUUUGUACCUUCCACCAACGCUAUCUUCGCUUUGCGGUAGGGGACGACCAUUACCAGUUUGUCGCUCUGCCCUUCGGUCUGGCGUCGGCACCUCGGGUGUUCACCAAGGUGUUGGCCCCGAUCUUGGCCCCGAUCUUGGCCCUGUUGCGUUGUCGGGGGAUCUCGGUGGUGGGGUACCUGGACGACCUUCUGCUGAAGGCGGAGUCGCAUUCCUCUCUGGUGACAGAUCUGACGAUCGCCGUCCGAUCGUUGGAGGAGUUCGGCUGGCUCCUGAACUUCCAGAAGUCCUGCCUGAUACCGACCACUCGGUUGGAGUAUCUGGGGUUGAUUCUGGACUCCACCUCGGCGCGGGUUUUUCUACCCCCCGAGAAGCUUCUGAAACUUCGCUCGCAUGUGGCGCUACUACUGACACGUCGAUGGUCGACGUUCCGGUCUUGCAUGCAGCUACUCCAACUUCUAAAGAAGUCCUACGUUAUUGAAGAAUUUAAAGUUUGUGACAUUUUCAAUAAAUUUUACGGAGAACUUGCAGUUAAAACUAAAUUGUCAGACACAGUUCUGGAGAAAGUCUAUGAGCUUCUAGGAGUUUUGGGAGAAGUGCAGCCCAGUGAAAUGGUGGACAAUUCUGAGAAACUAUUUAGAGCUUAUUUGGGAGAAUUGAAAACUCAGAUGACUUCAUCUACUAGAGAGCCAAAGCUGGCAGUGGUAGCUGGAUGUCUGAGGGGAUUGUGUGCACUUCUGAUUAACUUUACAAAAUCCAUUGAUGAAGAUGCCAAAGCCUCAAAAGAGAUUUUUGAGUACAUGGUGAAAGCAAUAAGCCCACAGAUUGAGUUGAAGAGAUAUGCAGUCCCUGCAGCUGGUUUAAAUAUUAUGGCCCUUCAUGCUUCCCAGUUCAGUGGUUACCUCAUAGAGAAUUAUCGGUCCCUCUUUGAAGUAUUGUCUAGGUGGUGUGGCCACUCCAAUCAUGAAAUGAAAAAACUUGCAUUUGUAGCUUUGGAAUCCUUUUUAAAACAAGUAGCAUUGUUGGUUACAAAUGACGCUGAAGCUCACAAGGACAAGCUGCAGUUCUUUAUGGAGCAGUUUUAUAAGAUCAUCAGAAAGAUGGAGUACUCUAACAAGGAACUCUCCAUUGCAAUUCGGGGCUAUGGUCUAUUUGCAGCGCCAUGUAAAGCAGUGAAUAGAAAGGAUGUGGAUUUUAUGUAUAUUGAACUUAUUCAACGUUGCAAGCAAAUGUAUCUCACAGAGGCCAACACAGAAGAGGACAAUGUGUUCCAGCUGCCAAACUUUCUUCAGUCAAUUGCCAGUGUCAUACUUCACAUGGAUGCUAUACCUGAAGUAUACACACCUGUACUUGAGCGUCUCCUGGUUGUCCAGAUUGACACAUUUCCACAAUAUAGCCCAAAAAUGCAGUCCUCUUGCUGGAAGUCAAUCAUUAAGGUGUUCUUGUCUCUGGCAGGGAAGGGGCCAGUGCUCUGGAGCCUGAUCAGUACUGUGGUGCACCAAGGAUUAAUUCGAGUCUGUUCCAAGCCAGUCAUAUUUGAAAAGGAUGAAUAUGGAAAAGAUGGUUCAGGUGGAAUGGAAGCUUUUGGUGAAGUCCGGACAGGAAAGUGGAGAAUUCCUACCUUCAAAGACUAUUUGGAUUUAUUCAGAAGUUUACUCAACUGUGACCAGAUUAAGGAUACCAUAUUCUCAGAUGAAGUAGUCCAAACUGUAAAUUCACCUCUGCAGUCUCUGAAUAGAUUAUUGUAUGACGAACUUAUAAAAUCUGUUCUGAAAAUUAUUGAGAAGUUAGACCUUACACUCCAAAAACACGAUCCUGGCCAAUUGGAUGAUGAAGUUCAAAGCAGCUCUUUAGUUAUUGCAACCUCUGACCCAGCAGCCAACCUUUAUCCUACCAAACCAAAAGAUUUGACUGCCUUUGUCAAUCUAGUAGAAUUUUGCAGUGAAAUACUACCAAGCAAGCAUGUGGAAUUCUUUGAAUCCUGGGUAUUUGUGUUUGGCUAUGAACUUAUUCUGCACUCUACACGACAGCCUUUGAUCAGUGGAUUUUACAAACUACUGUCUGUUGUAAUGAAAAACGCAAAGAAACUGAAGUACUUUGAGGGUUUCUAUACAGAAAGUUCUAAGAAUGGUCUAGAAGAUCCUGAAAAGCGUUCUUGCUUUGCACUGUUUUCAAAAUUUGGAAAAGAGGUAUCUGCCAAAAUGAAACAGUUUAAGGAUGAGCUUUUGGCAUCUUGUUUAACAUUUAUACUUUCUCUACCUCACAAUAUUAUCAUGUCCGACAUGAAAGCCUAUGUUCCAUUGUUACAAUCUGCAUUUCGGUUGGGCUUGAGCUGCCCCUCUCUUGCUAAUACUGGCCUUGAUGCCCUUGAAGAUUGGUCUUCCCGUAUUUGCCCAAGUGAAAUGCAGCCUUAUUACAAGGAUAUUCUACCAUCACUGGAUGGAUACUUGACUAAUUCAUCAUCUUCAGAUGACUUGCUUAGUCCUUUUGAAGUGAUGCGUCUGUCACGUGCAACCCAAAAGGGUUUCAAUAAAUAUCUUAUCCGGCAAAUAAAGAGAUCUCAAUCACUCUCAGUGAAGGAAGAGGCAUCCUUAUCAUCAGUGAGGAAUCGAGUAAUACGAAUACUUGGGUCUCUAGGAGGAAAAAUUAAUCACAGUUUGGUUACAGCUGCGUCAACUGAGGAAAUGCUAAGGAAUCAUGUGUCAUGGGACACAGAGAAGAGGCUAAGUUUUGCUGUGCCCUUUGCUGAUAUGAAACCUGUCAUCUACCUGGAAACAUUUCUGCCACGCGUCACUGAGCUGGCACUCUCUGCUAGUGACAGACAGACAAAGGUUGCAGCCUGUGAACUUUUGCACAGCAUGGUUACUUUUAUGUUGGGAAAAUCAUCUCAAAUACCUGAUGCAAAAGAAGGGCCUCCACCAAUGUACAGACUGUACAAGCGCACGUUUCCUGUACUGCUCCGCCUGGCUUGUGAUGUUGAUCAGGUAACAAGGCAGCUAUAUGAGCCACUUGUUAUGGGUCUCAUUCACUGGUUCACUAACAACAAGAAGUUUGAAAGCAAUGACACAGUGGCUUUACUGGAAGCUAUUUUGGAUGGCAUGGUGGAUCCUGGCGAUAGCACACUGAGAGACUUCUCUGGACAAUGCAUUAGAGAAUUCUUGAAAUGGUCGAUAAAACAGACAACACCUCAACAGCAAGAAAGAAGCCCUGUCAACACCCAAUCUUUAUUUAAAAGACUUUACAGUCUUGCUCUACAUCCUAAUGUGUUCAAGAGGCUGGGGGCUUCUUUAGCAUUCAACAACAUAUACAAAGAAUUAAGAGAGGAAUCAGCGCUGGUGGAACUGUUUGUGUUUGAAGUGUUAGUGGUUUAUAUGGAAAGCCUGGCGCUGUCUCAUGCAGAUGAAAAAUCUUUAGGAACUAUUCAGCAAUGUAGCGAUGCCAUUGACCAUCUAAAACGUAUUAUUGUUCACAAAGCCCCAUCCUUGAACCAGGCAUCUAAGCGGCGCAUACCAAGAGGAUUUCCUCCAAGCAAGACUCUUCGUCUCCUGGACAUUGUUAUGUGGCUGUUAGAACAAUGUGGGCGCCCUCAGGCUGAUUGCAGGCACAAGGCAAUGGAACUGUUCUUUGAAUUUGUUCCUUUAUUACCAGAAAAGAAAUCCCCAUCUGCCUGGUUGGAUGAGAUUAUUAAGAAAGAUGGUGUCAGUUUCUUGAUUGAUAGGUUUGAAGGUGCAGGCAAUAUGGAUCCAAAAAAUUGUGGAAUAUUGCACAUUGCCACUCUCCAUGAACUGAAAGAGGUCUUCACUUUGACAGCUGUAAUUCGGUGGAUGGACAUGUUGCUUGCAGCUCUGGAUUGCUACAAUACAUUUAUUGGCAUGCGUGUUUUGAAGCCACACACAUUGCUAGAUUCUUCACAAAAGUCAUCCUUUUUCAAAGCAUUGUACUUCUUCAUCAGCCAUCUUUCAAUGAAGGACAUCAGAGCAGCACAAACCUGCUUUACAAUAGGCUCCAAAUCCAAUGAUUUCAGCCCACAUGAGAUGGAACAGUACAACUACAGCAAAUGCACAAUUAUAGUACGCAUUAUGGAGUUUGUAACCAUGAUCUUAGAGAACUGCCAUCAGGAUUUCUGGAAGACGCUUGAAAAGGAUCUGCUAAAUAAUUUUUUGUGGGAAUUAACUGCAGUCACUGUAUGUGAUCCGUGUAGUAUUGGGUUCAACACAGCAGACGUUCAAGUGAUGAAGAACCUGCCUGAUGUUUGCAUACAUUUACUGACAGCACUGGUGAAAUCGCCGUAUAAGAGACCCCUAGAGAUGGCAUUGCAGAAAAACGUAACACUUAAAUGCAUUGAAGACCUGUGCUCUCUUGAGUUGUAUGAUCCAGAUGCCAAACAUGACCGUAUCAAGUUGGGUGCCACUCUUUCUGCUUGUAAGCAGCUUCAGAAGGCAGAGCUGCUGAAUUCCACCUUGCAGACACAGGUUACAAGGCUCAGCUUUUCUGUUGGAUCCAAACUUCUUUCCGUUGUGUAUAAAGGUAUUGCCCCUGGUGAUGAGAGAAAGUCCCUUCCAUCCCUAGACAUCAGCAGUAAACGUCUUGCUGAGGGUAUUCUACAACUGGCUUUUAGUUUCAGUGGACAGAGUGAAGAACUUGUAAGUCUCCUGCUGAACACAAUGGUGUUGUCAGUACCUUUGUCAGGAAGUUCACAAAGAAGUUUCAUUAACUUUUCUCAUGGGGAAUAUUUCUACAGUUUGUUUUCUGAAACCAUCAACACUCAACUUUUAAAAAAUCUGGAUGCUGUAGUUGUACAUCUGCUGAAAUCCUCUACAGAAAAUCCUAAAAUGGUAAGCACCAUCUUGAAUGGCAUGCUCGAUCAAAGUUUUAGACAACGUGCAGUCCGAAAACAACAAGGUGUUGCUUUGGUAAAUGCUGUACUACAAAACUGGCUGAAGCUAGAGAGCUGGUGGGACAAAGAUUCAUCACCUGAGAGCAAAAUGGCAGUGCUGACAUUACUUGCUAAAGUACUACAGAUUGAUUCUUCUGUGUCUUUUGAUACAAGUCACCCAGCUUUCAGCAAUGUGUUUAAGACUUACACAAGUCUUCUCACAGAUCAAAAACUUGGUCUUAAUUUGAAGAGUCAGACUAUUAUAAUUCUUCCUUUCUUUACCAACCUCAAAGAUGAAAGACUUGAGGAGUUAAAAAAUACACUUGAGCAGUUUGUUGCCUUUAAUUUUCCAAUGAGAUCUGAUGAGUUUCCUAAAGGCACCUUACGGUACAAUAAUUAUGUGGACACGGUGAAGAAGUUCUUGGAUGCACUGGAGCUGUCCCGAAAUCCACUGCUCUUGCAGCUCAUGGCAGAAAUUCUUUGUCGUGACAGCAAACAUAUCAUGGAAGAAUUGUUUCAGAAAAGCUUCAAAGCAGUUAUUCUGAGGGGCAAUUCUGAUGAACAAGUCAUCCUGAUGAAUACUUUGCACAGCAUGUUUACCAGUGAAAAUCUUCUGUCAAAUACAACCAGGCAGGCUAUAAUUGACCGAUGCCUUCUGACUCUCCUGUGGAAAUGCAGCCUUGAUUCUUUGAAAGAGUUCUUCUGCAAAAUCGUUACUCUAUCAGUGGAUACUCUCAAAGGCAGAUUAAUCAAGACAUCAGAAGCAUUAUUUGAAACACAGCUUACCAAGAAAUUGGGAUAUUAUAAAAUGCUGGAAGUUCUUUAUUCCCGUCUCUCCAGAGAUGAUAUUUAUUCCAAACAAUCCGGAAUAAAUCAUGCUUUUGAAGGAUCAUCUAAUGUAGAAGGAAAUCAACUCACUAAGACUCUAAUCAAAUUGUGCUAUGAUGCAUAUACUGAGAACAUGAGUGGUGAAAGCCAGCUCCUGGAGAAGAGGCGAGAAUAUCACUGUGCUGCAUAUAACUGUGCUAUGGCAGUUGUGGCCUGCACUCAGACUGACAAUAAAUUCUACCAGGCGUUUCUUUUCUCAGAAAAAAAGGAAAAGAAUGUGCUCAUAUUUGAAAACAUAAUAGACCUUCACCGACAGUACUCUUUUCCUAUAGAAGUUGAGGUGCCAAUGGAACGAAGGAAAAGGUACUUUACUAUACGCAAGGAAGCAAGAGAAGCUACAAAUGCAGAUUCUGAUGAGCCCCAGUACUUAUCUUCACAGUCAUAUAUGGCAGAUAGCAGCCUGAGUGAAGAAAUGAGCCAGUUUGAUUUCUCUACUGGAGUCCAGAGUUUUUCCUACAGUUCACAGGAUCCAAUUAAAUCUCAGAGACGUAACAGAAGGAAGGAACUAAGCUCAGAAGCUCAGGCAUCAGAUGAUGUCAUGGAGUUUGAAAUGGAUGAACUGAAUCUGCAUGAAUGUAUGACAUCUAUGUCUGGACUGAUUAAACACAUGCAGCAAAAUGCAAUCACACCAAAAGUUGAGGAGGGAGUCGCUCCAGAAGACCUGCCCCCAUGGAUGAAAUAUUUGCAUACCAAGCUUGGAAAUCCAUCCACCCCACUGAACAUUCGUCUUUUUAUUUCUAAGCUUAUCGUGAACAAUGAAGAGGUUUUUCGACCCUAUGCAAAGUUUUGGAUUAGCCCCUUAUUGCAGCUGAUUGUGUCUGGAAACAAUGGUGGAAAAGGGAUUCAUUACAUGGUGGUAGAGACAGUUGUGACCCUUCUGUCUUGGUCGAGCUUUGCAACACCAACAGGGCUUGCAAAGGAUGAGAUCCUGGCUAACAGAUUGCUUGAAUUCUUGAUGACACAUGCGUUUCAUGAAAAGAAAGCAGUGUACAGGCACAACCUCGAGAUCAUUAAAACAGUCCUGGAAUGCUGGAAGGAUUGUCUUUCUAUUCCAUACAAGUUAAUAUACAGUGGUUUUUCUGGCACUGACCCCAACAAGAAAGAUAACUCUGUGGGAAUUCAGUUAUUAGGUUUAGCUGUGGCUAAUAACUUUCCUCCAUAUGACCCAAAAUGUGAAAUCGAUUAUGACCGGUACUUUAAAGCACUAAUCAACAAUCUAACAUUUACAAGAUUUAAAGAGGUUUAUGCGGCAGCGGCAGAAGUCCUGGGACAUGUCCUUCGUUACAUUGCUGAGAAAGAGAAAAGCAUAGAAGGCCCUGUGUUUGACUACGUGGUGGAAAAACUAAAACAGCAUCAUGCAAGCAAUAAAGAAGACAAGUUCAUAAUGUGUUUGAACAAAGUAGUGAAGAAUUUCCCCAUAUUUGCUGACAGGUUUAUGGCCAUUGUUCUUUUCUUGCUACCAAAACUUCACGGAGUUCUGAAGACACAGUGUCUGGAGAUAAUAAUGUUCAGGGCUGAAGAAAUACCAGACCUUUAUAUUGAGCUAAAAAAUAAAGACUUCAAACAGAUUAUGAGCAACCGAGAUGAUGAAAGGCAGCGGGUAUCUCUAGAUAUCAUUUAUAAGAUGUUAUCCAAACUGAAACCUGCAGAGCUGCGAGAACUAUUGCCUUCUGUGAUUGCAUUUAGCUCACACAAUUUUCCUGUUUGUCGUGAACGGAUGUAUGACAUUCUCAUGUGGGUUUACGAUAACUACAGAGAUCCAGAAAGCCAGUUAGAUAACGAUUCACAUAAUGUUUUCAACAUGGUUAAAGAGGCAUUACUGGAAGGACUGGUGGAUGGAAAUGCUGAACUCCAGCUUAUUGUCAGGAAUUUUUGGAGCAAUGAAACUCGGUUACCAACUGGCACAAUGGAUCGUAUGUUAGCUGUGCUUAGCUCUUUAUAUUCCACAAAGAUUGAAAAGCACUUUUUAAGCCUAUCCACCAACUUGCUUCUCGAAAUGACCAGCAGGAGUCCAGAUUAUGUCAGGCAGAUGUUUGAGCAUCCCCUGUCAGAAUGCAAGUUUCAGGAUUACACUGUUGAAUCCAACUGGCGCUAUCGCAGUACUGUUCUCACACCAAUGUUUGUGGAAACUCAGGCUUCUCAAAGCAGCUACAGGUCUAGAACACAAGGAUCCUUGUCCGAGGCAGAGCUUGGGGCAGCCCAACUGAGAGCCACUCAGCAACACUAUCAGUUUACACCCACACAGAAUAUAGGUGGCAGAAGUUCCUAUAACUGGCUGACUGGAAGUAGCAUGGACACGCUUGCAGAUUACACCAUAGACUCUUCAGAGUCUGUGUCCUCAGGAUUACUCUUUACAAGCAGACGGACUGACAAAACACGUAGGGGCCCUUUAAAACCCCUGGGGCCUAACUUUGGAAAACAGAGACUGGGGCUUCCUGGAGAUAAAACAGACAGCAAAGCCGAAGGCAUAGUUGAAACAUCUGAAAUCUUGAGAUUGCGCAGGCGUUUUUUGAAGGACCGAGAAAAGACAAGUAUCAGCUUUGCAAGAAAGGGAGUGGCGGAACAAAAAAGAGAACAGGCAAAAAAAGUUGAGCAAAAGAUGAAGCAAGAUGCUCAAAUCAUUUUAUAUCGAAAUUACCGGCAUGGAGACUUGCCAGAUAUACAGAUUGCAUACAGCUCACUCAUUGCACCUCUGCAAGCAUUAGCACAGAGAGACCCUACUCUAGCAAAACAACUGUUCAGUUCAUUGUUUACCGGGAUCCUGGAGGAAAUAAAGAUCAGCAGUAGCUCAUCCCCAAUGAAGGACUUAAUAACAAAACUGCUUUUUCAAUUCAACCACUUCUUGAGCAGCACAGUGUCCUAUUUUCCACCAUUCAUUGCAUGUGUUCAGAAUAUGUGUUAUCAUCAUGAUGAACUCCUUAGUUUGAACCCAGCAAGUGUGAGCACAAGUAGUAUAGAAAGUCUGCAGCAGCCACUGGGCAUCCUGCUCCUUGAGAAAGGACUGCAGCAACUUCAAUUACCAGAGGAGCCUCCAGCAAAGAAAAUGCGGGGAAGGACUGAGCCUCCUCCUGAUGUCAACAGAUGGUUACAGCUUGCACGGUUGUAUCGCUCCAUUAAUGACUAUGAUGUCCUUCGAGGCAUUUUCAGUGGGAAAAUUGGAACAAAAAGUGAAACUCAACUUGCUUUAAUGGCAGAAGCAAAAUCUGAUUAUGCCGAAGCUGCAAAAUUGUAUGAUAAAGCACUGCAGAAGACCUUUUCAGAUGGGGAUCCCUUUGAAGCAGAGAAGGAUUUUUGGGAAAUUGCUUCUAUGGAAUGUUACAAUAAACUGACAGAAUGGCAGCCGCUUGAAUACUGCUCGACUCUCAACAUUGACAGUGCAAACCCUCCAGAUCUCAACAAAGUGUGGAAUGAUCCUUUUUAUCAGGAAAAUUAUCUGCCUUACAUGAUCCGUAGUAAAGUGAAGUUGCUUCUUCAUGGAAAGGAAGACCAAUCUUUAUUAACUUUUAUUGAUGAAGCCAUGAAGGUGGAACAGAGAAAAGUUUUGAUGGAAACCUUCUAUAGUCAGGAGAUGAGUCUUCUAUACAUAAUGCAAGAUGAUUUUGACCGGGCAAAAUAUUACAUCAAAAAUGGAAUUGACGUCUUUAUGCAGAACUAUUCAAGCAUUGAUUCACUGAUGUGUCAGAGCAGAUUAACUGAACUACAGUCGGUUCAGGCUCUCUCAGAAACUCAGGAUUUUAUUGAAUUUAUCCGUGUUCCAGGCAAUUUAACAUCUUUGCCAGCACUAAAACGAUUACUUAAACGUUGGAAAAGUAGAUAUCCAGAUGAUAAAAUGGACCCUAUGAAUAUUUGGGAUGACAUAAUUACAAACAGGUGUUUCUUCCUUGAUAAAAUCCAGGAAAAACUUUCCAGUCAGCAUAUGGAUGAGAGUAUGGAAAUAGAUAAUGAAGCAGAUGACAGUGAGGCUAUGGAAGUGGAUAAGAAAGAAGAUGUAAACUUUUUGAUGAAAGAAUGCAAAUUUGUGAUGAAAAUGAAAAUGGUGGGCAGUGCUAGAAAACAGAAUAACUUUUCUGUUGCAAUAAAACUUUUGAAAGAACUUCACCGUGAGUCUAAAACUAAUGAAAACUGGUUGUUGAAAUGGGUUCACAGCUACUGUAGCUACAGUCACAGCCGCAGCAAGAGCCAGAGCUGUCCUGAACAGAUACUUACUAUACUAAAAACAAUCUCCUUACUGGAGGAAACAAGUCCAGAAUAUGUAAACAAAAAUCCAUGUGCAUCCAAAUAUCAUAACAUAUUAUUGGGAGCCACUUACAGAAUCAUGGGAAAUGCAAUAUGCAAGGAGCCAGACAGUCUGGAAAGAAUUGAGACAUCAAAGGCUGGAAGAGUCGUACAGCUUGCAGAAUCAGCAGAUGAGGUAGCAGCGGGACUGUAUAGGAAGUCCCUUCAUUACUUAAAAUGUGCAGCCAGAAAAGCUUCAGAAGAGGAACAGUCAUGCUCGAAGGAAAACACUGACCGCAAAGGAGUCAUUAAAGCUUACAUGACCUUGGUGGACUUUUGUGACGCACAUCUCCGGAAAGUAGAAGACAACUCAUCAGUAUUGAAUGCACAGGACCUGAAACAGUUUCCUGAAAUCAUUGUGGAAAAAAUGAUUAGAGCAUUAAAAUUAGAGUCUGAAGAAGCACGGCUAAAAUUUCCAAGAUUGCUUCAAAUUAUUGAAUUGUAUCCCUCUGAAACUUUGGACUUGAUGACUAGAGAGGUCAGUUCAGUUGCAUGCUGGCAAUUUAUUGGCUGGAUCAGUCAGAUGAUGGCGAUGCUUGACAAGAAGGAAGCUAUUGCGGUGCAUUUUAUAAUAGAAGAAAUUGCUGACCAUUACCCCCAGGCUCUUGUGUACCCCUUUAUGAUUAGUGGGGACAACUAUAGCUUUGCGGGCACAGUGGAUGGGCACAGAAAUAAAGAUUUUGUGGAAAGAAUUCAAAACAAGUUGGAUAAAAAUGGAUUAGGUGGAGAAUUCAUCAAGGCUCUGGAGCAACUGUCUAAUCCUGUUUUGAUAUUAAAGGACUGGAAAAGUGACGUUUUCAUUGAACUGUCUAAAGUAAAGCCAGACAAAAGUAAAAUUAAGAAGUUGUAUAAGGAGAUGCAUUCAGUUUUGUGCAACGCGAAUGACCCCUUCUUUGGGUCAUUCAGAAAGAGGUUUGCAGAGAAAUAUGCAAAGGAAAUUGAAAAAUUGUGUGGAAAAGAUGGAUCCCAGCUUGUUACUAUGAAAGCUGAAGAUUUCAAUAAAAAGUUUUCUUCAAACUUGUCAAAAAUUCAAGAACCGCCAAAUGAACCAGGAAACCUAAAAGAAUAUUCUCCAUGGAUGAGCAAUUUCAAGCCAGAGUUUUCCAGAAGUGAAUUAGAGAUUCCUGGCCAGUAUAAUGGAAGAAGCAAUCCUCUGCCUGAGUAUCAUGUAAAGAUUUCUGGAUUUGAUGAAAGGGUUAAAGUUAUGAGCUCCAUCAGAAAACCCAAGCGUAUUGUUAUCCGAGGAAAUGAUGAGCGGGACUAUCCGUUUCUGGUGAAAGGCGGUGAAGACCUACGCCAGGACCAGCGCAUUGAGCAGCUCUUUGACAUCAUGAAUAUCAUCCUCUCCCAGGACGCAGCUUGCAGCCAGAGAUAUGUGCAGAUAAAGACAUACCAAGUGAUACCCAUGACCACACGAAUUGGAAUGAUUGAGUGGCUGGAGAACACAUGCACUUUAAAAGACUUUAUUUUAAGAGCAAUGACUGAAAAUGAAAAGAAGGACUUCACUGGAAAGUGUAACCCAGAAGCACAUUACAGAGCCUGGCUGGACAAGAAGGACAAAGAUGGCAGCCCACUGCAACACUGUAAUACAUACAAAAAUGCUAAUAAUUCCUCCACAGUGAAGUCUUUCAGGGAAAGAGAAGCUCUUGUUCCUGGAGACCUGUUACGACGGGCCUUUGUAAAGAUGAGCACGACUCCUGAAGCUUUUCUUACCCUGCGCUCCCACUUUGCCCGCUCACAUGCUUUGCUGUGCAUCAGUCACUGGAUACUUGGCAUAGGAGAUCGCCACCUGAGCAAUUUCAUGGUCAAUAUGGAGACUGGGGGAAUGAUUGGCAUUGACUUUGGUCAUGCUUUUGGUACUGCUACGCAGUUUUUACCUGUUCCUGAGCUGAUGCCAUUCCGCCUGACCCGCCAGAUCGUUAACCUGUUGUUGCCUAUGAAGGAAGUUGGAUUAUUUGAUUCAGUUAUGAUACAUGCCUUACGAGCCUUUCGAACGAAUCCUGAUCUCCUCAUCAGCACUAUGGAUGUAUUUGUGAAGGAGCCAUCGUUAGACUGGAAGAAUAAUGAGGCAAGGCAGAUGAAGAAGGGGGUAAGCUGGCUUAAGGACAUAAACACAACAUCACAGGGUUGGUAUCCUGUGCAGAAAAUUAACUGUGCAAGAAGAAAAUUAAGUGGUGUAAAUCCAGUUGAAAUCACAUGUGAGGAGCUGCGAUUGGGACAUGAAACUGGUCAGUUUUAUAAAGGUUUCCGGGCUGUUGCACAAGGAGAGAAAGAACAUAAUAUCAGGGCAAGAGAAGCAGCUGAAGGACUUUCUGAAGAGACGCAAGUCCAGUGCCUAAUCGAUCAGGCCACAGAUCCCAACAUCCUUGGCAGAGCUUGGAAAGGUUGGGAGCCCUGGAUAUAAAAGCCAAGGUGCAUGAAAUGCGUACACUU